AUGUCGGAUAAAAUAGACCUCGAUAAUCCAUCCACGCGCGAUCCACGUCUAGCCAGUCGACUAGCCAGAUUCAAUAUACUCCCGCCGAUUAAAAAACCGUCCUUGGAAAAACAAAGCUCGCUCUCGCUUGGAUCACCUAGCACACCCAAACCCGCCGUUUUACCUCCGCCGAACGAACCUCCCAAGCCGGUCGAGGAGCAGGAUAAUUGUCGUGAUGGAUUGUUUAUUCAGUCAAUCUCAGAGCUGGUGCAAGCCGCCGUUGCUACGGCCGUCAGCAGGUCAGAGAAAGAAAGAUUGCAGAAGAAGAAAGAGAUGACGGAAGGUCUAUUGAAAAAGGCAAAGGCCCAUACGAACUUUCCUUCAACUGCGGCUUUCUUUCAGCAGACCAGCAAUGAUGAGAGUGACGACAUGACUCGGAUGGACGAUACCAUAAAGCAGCAUUUGUCGAAUUGCAGCCGAAUAGAAAGGGAUCUGGUGACUAAAUGGGGACUUUUAUCACCAAAUGGCCCCAGCUCUUCUGCAUCGGAAGAGACGAUAAAGAAACUGCAGAGGGAACUUCAAACAUUCAGAGAAGAGGCCGCUAAUACAAAAACUGAACUUGCUAGGCUCGCUGAUAGCAGUCCGACACGAACUGGGCCCAUCGAAAUUCUCCAAGAUAGGGUUAAUCUUUUGGAAAAAACCAUGGGAAAUCAAACCUCACUUCUAUCCGAACAGGCUAAGACUGUCAAGGCUAAUAAUGAACGCUUAACGUCGCUGAGCUCGGAAAUGAAGAAGGGAGCAGUAUCAUUGCCAAUACAAGAAGCACCGUCUACGCAAUUCGAAAACGACAUUGGAGAGUUAAAGCGGAAACACACAGAGGCGGAGGGGACAAUGAAGGCACUUGUCGAGUGCCAAGAAGCGCUUUCAAAGUCGAUCCACCAAAUAAAUGGAGAUAUCGAAGAACAACGGAGAGAAUUGAACGAUAUCAGCGCUGGUUCUAUAAAUGCAAUGAAGGCGAGAAUGGACAGCUUUUCCAAUCAUUUGAGCUCAUUGGCAGGUAAAGUGGUAACAGAAAGCCCGACUGCUCAGCCGAUGAACGGAGAUGUUGAUUUCACGGGUGCCAUCAAGGACAUGGAACUGAGGUUGCAAAAGCUGGAAGGAGAUCAGGCUACACCUCAAACCAACAAGGACCAGAUAAAUCAGAGUAUACGAGCAUUAGAUGGUCGGAUAGACGAACUAUCGCAUCUGCAGUUCAUGAAAGAUGACUUUCAGUUCUCUGAGAUGGAAGAAAUCAAGAAGAUAUUGGCGCAACAGAGCGAGGAGUUCAAGGGAUUUAGGGAUGGCUACGGUCAGGUGUCGGCAGAGAUCAAGGCUAUGGCGCAAAGCAAUCCAGCGGCAGCUUUGCGACAAAUCCAAGACCUUUCUGGGUCGCUAUCAGUCACACAGCGUGUGCUGGAGAGUGUGAAGGUCGGGUUGCAUUCUUUGGAAACGCGUUAUAAUAAUAUCUCAACAGAGCCUAUCGUCAAGAACAUGGUGGCCGCUAUGCAAGAAAUGUACCCAUCGGCAUCCCAGUUGACGGAGCAGGUGACAGCACUCAGAAACAGCCUCGAUAAAGAUAUCCUGCCGCUCAAAUCGAAGGUAGAGCAAUUGUUCAAGUCGCAUUCUUCGCAUGUCGCGCAACUGCAGAAGGAUACAGCCGUGCAAUUGGAGGAAAGGAAUCGAUUAAAAACUGAACACGCUCGUAUGGAGCAAUCGGUUGCUGGCCUAUCGGAGCAAAUUAAGUCCCAGACCUCGAUGCCAACUCAGCUGCAGUUUAAUCAGCUGCAGUCAAAGGUCGAUUCUCUUUCGAAGAAAAUGAACGAACAGACAUCCAACAUCGGCGAGCAAUUGAGAUCGAAACAGUUGUCGAACGAAUCCCUAGUAGAGAGCUUGAAUUAUGAGCGCGAGCAAUUCAACGAGGAGUUCCAGCGACUGUCUAGCGGGCUCAAGGGCAUGUCGAGCAAGCUUUCUCAACUACAAUCCACAAACACAACCAACAUGGAAACAACAAAAUCCCACGCGAGUGACAUUGGUUCCUUGCUAGAUCGCAUGAGGCACUUGGAAGAAUCUGCGUCGAACAAUCAUGAACAACUACUCGAACAAUUUGAUAAUAUAAAGAAAGCCGUGGAGAACCAGGAAGGCAUGUUAAUGGACGGACAAGCAGCUGAAGAGCCACAAUCACCACCACAAAAAGUUGAGGGUGAUGAAGAACCCGAACCCGAGGUCCCUGAGGAGCCCACCAAGAGCCCGGCCAAUGGAGAUAGCACUACUAUCAAUCAAAUGGCCGAAGCUAAACUUGCGCUCGCUCUACGAGAGAAGAAGAGAAAGAAGAAGCGCCCGCGUCUUUCGACAAAUGCUUCAGAUGAUGAAAGACCGGAACCGCAUUCGGAGUCCAAUUCACCACGAAUACUCACUCCUGGACGCGACGGGACGCCGUCUAUAGACACGAAAAAGAAAACCAAGAAAAAGAAGAAGAGAAAGCUCAUCCGAGAUACGGAACCCAUUACGCUAGACUAA